GAUAACAUUAUUAUAAAUAAAUUACUGUUAUAUUUAAUACCGUUAAUAUACAGUGAAUACUAGUCGGGUAACAUCUUGGAAAAUGUGUUGUUAUUUUUGUGUAAGUAUUUUACUGAUUCUUUGCAUGACAUUAUGUGAUUGCAAGGUUUAUAACACAAAAAAUGUCACAAGGAGCUUCCCUGAAGGUUUUAAAUUUGGAGUUGCUACAGCAUCUUAUCAAGUUGAAGGUGCCUGGAACGAGGAUGGUAAAUCGGAAAACAUUUGGGAUCAUGAAACUCACAAAGAUCCUAGCCCUAUUCUGGAUCAAUCCACAGGAGAUAUCGCUGAUGACUCCUACCAUCAAUAUAAGAGAGAUGUCGAGAUGAUGAGAGAAUUAGGACUUGAUUAUUAUAGAUUCUCCAUAUCCUGGACCAGAAUUAUGCCAACCAGUUUUUCUGAUAAAAUAAACGAAGCCGGUGUAGCUUAUUACAAUAACUUGAUAAAUGAGAUGCUGAAGUACAAUAUUGAGCCGAUGGUGACAUUGUACCACUGGGAUUUGCCACAAAAGCUGCAAGAAUUAGGCGGCUGGACCAAUCCUCAGAUAAUUGACUGGUUUGCAGACUACGCACGUGUAGUUUUUACGUUGUUCGGAGACAAAGUAAAGAUAUGGAUUACUUUCAAUGAGCCUCUUAUAUUUUGCUAUUUUGGUUAUGGAUCAGAUAAAAUGGCACCUAGACUAAAUUUCACAGGCAUCGCUGAAUAUAUGUGUUCAAAAAAUUUACUGAUAGCUCACGCGCAGGCAUACCAUAUUUACAAUGAGGAGUUCAGACCAACUCGUGGAGGAAUCAUUGGUAUCACAUUAAGUGCUCAAUGGUAUGAACCAGACUCGGAUGAACGUACGGUUGCCGCUGAAGAUGCAAACCAAUUCGAUUGGGGUAUAUAUGCAAAUCCCAUAUUCUCAGAGAGCGGUGACUAUCCAGCCGUGGUGAAAGAAAGGAUAGCUGCCAGGAGUGCGGAACAGGGGUAUCCCAGAUCAAGACUAAUACAAUUCACCCCACAAGAGAUAGACUACGUUCGAGGUACAGCUGAUUUCUUUGGACUGAAUCACUACUCGAGCUACUUGGUUUACAGAAAUGAAUCUGUAAAUGGCAAAUAUCCAAUACCUUCAUAUGAAGAUGACGCAGGAUUAAUUCGAUAUCAAAAAGAUGAAUGGAUAAUAGGAGAAUCAAACAUGGUCAGAUACGCACCAUGGGGUUUCCUUAAACUCCUCAAACAAAUAAAAAAGUACUAUAACAACCCUCCUAUCUACAUCACUGAGAACGGCUACUCGUCGCAUGGAGGACUGCAAGACGACGAUCGUAUUUUGUACUACAGAGGUUACCUUGACGCCGUGCUGGAUGCCUUGGAGGAGGGUUCAGAUAUUAGAGGAUAUACUGCCUGGAGCCUAAUGGACAACUUCGAAUGGCUGCGAGGAUAUACGGAGCGGUUUGGUUUGUACGAAGUUGACUACAAUUGUUCGGAGCGCACGCGUACGCCACGCAAGUCUGCCUUCGUGUACAAGGAGAUUAUACGUACGCGGACUCUCGACUGGAACUAUGAACCCGACACUAACGUCAUGACCAUCGACGAAAAUAUAUUAUUUACGUUUUGCUUGUCCUCAUAUGAUUGCAAAACGUAUAUCUAUAAGCCUCGAUAUGAUAGAAGGAGCUUCCCUGAAGGUUUUGUAUUUGGAGCAGCUACGGCCUCUUAUCAAAUUGAGGGCGCCUGGGCAGAGGAUGGCAAGUCGGAAAAUAUUUGGGACCAUGAAACUCACAAACAACCUAGUGAAAUUACAGAUCAGUCUACAGGAGAUAUUGCUGACGACUCCUAUCAUCAAUACAAGAGAGAUGUCGAAAUAAUGAGAGAAUUAGGACUUGAUUAUUAUAGAUUCUCCAUAUCCUGGACCAGAAUUAUGCCCACCAGUUUUUCUGACAAAAUAAACGAAGCCGGUGUAACUUACUACAAUAACUUGAUAAAUGAAAUGCUGAAGUACAAUAUUGAGCCGAUGGUGACGUUAUACCAUUGGGAUUUGCCACAGAAGCUGCAAGAGUUAGGCGGCUGGACGAAUCCCAACAUAAUUGAUUGGUAUGCAGAUUACGCACGCGUCAUAUUUGAACUGUACGGAGAUAGGGUUAAAAAAUGGAUAACAUUUAAUGAACCACACAUACAGUGUUACUACGGUUACGGAAGUGAUUACAUGGCUCCAAAACUUAAUAUCACGGGUGUGGCAGAGUACAUGUGCACCAAAUACUUACUUUUAUCUCACGCAAAAGUUUAUCAUAUGUACAAUGAGAAGUUUCGACCAACACAGAGAGGUAUAAUUGGCAUCACAUUGAGUGCUCAGUGGUAUGAACCCGAGUCAGCGGAGCAUAUUGAUGCCGCUGAAGAAGCAAACCAAUUCGAUUGGGGUAUAUACGCACAUCCUAUAUAUUCUGACACUGGUGAUUAUCCUGCAAUAUUAAAAAAUAAGGUAGCUGCUAAGAGUGCAGCGCAGGGUUUCCAUAGUUCGAGACUAAAUGAAUUUACCCCAGAAGAAGUUGAUUACGUUCGCGGUACAGCUGAUUUCUUCGGAUUAAAUCACUAUACGAGCUAUUUGGUUUAUAGAAAUGAAUCUUUUAAUGGAAAGUAUGCUAUUCCAUCGUAUAUGGACGAUCUGGGUGCAUUGAUGUAUCAACCUAACGAGUGGAAAAUUGGUGAUUCUAACAGAAUUAUGUAUGCGCCAUGGGGUUUCUAUAAUCUUCUUACUAAGAUAAGAAACAGCUACAACAACCCGCCAAUUUAUAUUACUGAAAACGGAUUCGCAACUCAUGGUGGAUUGCAAGAUGACGAUCGCAUCACAUACUACAGAAGCUACCUUGAUGCCAUGCUGAAUGCCAUUGAUGAAGGUUCCGACAUCAGGGGUUACACUGCGUGGAGUUUAAUGGACAACUUUGAAUGGACAGUGGGAUAUACCGAACGGUUCGGUCUUUAUGAAGUGGACUAUAGCAGUACCAGACGCACGCGUACCCCAAGAAAGUCUGCCUUUGUAUACAAGGACAUAUUACGCACACGCAGGCUCGACUGGCACCACGAACCCGCUGAUAAUAACAUGACAAUCGAUGUAGGUCAUUAGGUAUAUUAUUUUUAUUUAUU